CGACAGAGUCGAUAAAAAUAUUGACAACUCAUUUAAAAAAUGGCGGCAGACGUAAACACAGAGAUAACGUUCAAUUCGGCGAGAAUGUGGUUCCCAAUAAUUAUAAACACGGUAAUGUCUAUCGUCGCCUACUUAGCGACAGUAAGAAUAAUUCCAGGAAUAAAAGACAAGUUCAUCAAAGCCAACUUGUUCGGAAUCGACAUGAGCAAGACGACCAGCGAAAAAGUGCCUGAAUCUCUGGGCGUUAUAUCGGGAUGCUCUUUCCUAGUCACCAUGUUUCUGUUCAUACCGAUUCCGUUCGGGAACAGCCUUUUCAACGGCGAUUUUCCUCAUGACGAAUUUGUGGAACUUAUUGCAGCGCUGUUGUCCAUUUGCUGCAUGCUCCUGCUCGGUUUCGCAGAUGACGUUUUGGAUCUGCGCUGGAGACACAAACUACUGCUUCCCACCAUAGCAUCCUUACCCUUGUUGAUGGUCUAUUAUGUUAAUUUCAAUUCGACGACUAUAGUCGUACCAAAACCUUUCAGAGACUUUUUCGGAUUCUCUGUGGACAUUGGGUUGCUUUAUUAUGUUUAUAUGGGGAUGUUGGCGGUUUUCUGCACGAACGCUAUCAAUAUUCUUGCCGGUGUGAAUGGAUUAGAAACUGGCCAAAGUGUUGUAAUUGCUUUAUCAAUUAUCAUCUUCAAUGUGAUGGAGUUGAAUGGAGCUCUUUGGAAAGCCCAUUUGUUCAGUCUUUACUUCAUGUUGCCUUAUACUGCCACUACGCUGGCUCUGCUGAAACACAAUUGGUACCCAUCGAAAGUCUUCGUUGGCGACACAUUCUGCUACUUUUCUGGUAUGACUUUCGCCGUCGUCGGCAUCCUGGGCCAUUUCAGCAAAACUACUUUGCUCUUCUUCAUCCCUCAAGUGUUCAACUUCCUGUACUCCUCUCCACAGCUGUUUCGUCUGAUUCCCUGUCCGCGACACAGGCUACCGAGGUUCAAUUCCAAAACAGAUUGCAUGGAGAUCAGUACGACUGUGUUCAAAUACUCGGAGUUGAACCUUCUGGGAAAGUUCGUGAUAAGUCUCUUCAGGAUGUUCAGGUUGAUUAGGUGGCAGGAGACUAAAGACGGAUGCGUUAUUACUAAUAAUCUCACUUUAAUCAAUUUGGUACUGCUAUACUUAGGUCCAUUGCACGAAGCAAAGCUGACCAGCGUUCUAAUAGCCAUUCAGGUUUUCUUCACAGGUGUGGCUUUUGUGAUUAGGUAUCCCUUGGCGUCUAUUUUUUACGAUGUUUAGGUGUUGUAGGUGUGAAUUUCUAAUCUUGAUUGGGGUAAAAUAUGAAUUUCUGACCUAGUUUCGAAUGUAUCUUUGACACAAGACGAGUUUUGCACCAAAAUUUUAUCUAUACUUGACGGUUCAUUUUGCAUAUAAAAGUUAUGUGAGGUAAUAAUAGUUCAGAGGUGCUGUCAGAAUGUAUAAUGGACUCAGGUAUAGGUCUUCUAGUAUCCAAAUUAAAGUCAGAGUGUAUGACUUUCAUUUCGUUUGUCUUUAUUAUUUGUAGAAAAUACAGACCUGUACGAUAUGUAUGUGACUGCUUAUUUUGGAAAGAUUUCUUUUAGAACAACCCCAUAGCUUGUACGCGUAUAUAUUGUAUAUAGUGUGAAAAUAGAAGUAACUUAUUUUUAUAGCUACCACAAUUUCCAAAGAAAGAAUGACUGCUUUAUAUUUAAAUAUUAUUUUAGAAUAAUUUUAUAAGGCACCUCACCUCGUCUGCAAUUAGCUACAUCCUAUUAUUAAUUGUUAGUAUGUAUAAUGAGGACAACCUCUGCGAAAUCAAGGCAAAUGAAAAAAAAAAUCUAGUCUCUGAAAAUUCUGAUGCCAAUGACCAUCUCAUUUGGAGUUGUAUGGAGUUGAAAAUAUAACGAAUUAACGGCACACACACACACGGUGAGAGCGGAAAUGUGGUUUGACAGAAUCAAAAAAGGCAUAUAUAAAGUCCUUCGAUCAUUAAUACUGAUUCUGUGAAAAAGCACGAUUUACAGCUCCAUCUAUAGUUUAGGACGAGGCGCAAAAAUGUAAUAAGUUUUUUCGUUUUAGGUAUGCCAUAGAAUUGAAUUGAAUUUGAUUCUUGAUACAUAUAAUUGAAACUUGGGGCUACAGUAAAGUUAGGAAUUGAUUUUUGUAGUAUAUUAUGGAGGUGAUAAUGUUCUGUUUUUAUGUUAUUUUCAAUAAAUAGAUCUUAUUUGCCAUGA